ACGAAUUCCAAAAAAAUGAAGAGGUUUUUUACAUCAACAAAAAUCUUUGCUACAACACAACAACGUUCUUUGUUGUUAGCAUUGAUUUUAUUAUAUUGUUUAACCGGUAUACAAAUUUUUGUACAUGGUCAAUUUAUACAUAUUUUUGAAGUACAAGAUGAAAAUCGUGCACCAAAGUCAGAUCUAUUUGAUCCAUCACAAUAUAAAUAUGUUUCACCAUCACAAUUACAAAAACAACAAGAACAGAAUAAAUUGUUACAAUUACAGAAUCAGGCAGCUUCUAGGCAAAGUUCAUCACUAUCAUCUCAAACACAAUCAUCAUCAUCAUCAUCAUCAUCAUCACCAUCAUCAACACCAUAUUCUGAUAUAUUACCAACACCAUUGCCACAAUCACCAUUAAUACGAUCAUCAAUUGAACCGAUUAUUAAUAAUGCACCACAAGUACCUGAACUACGACGAACAACACCAUUAAAACAAAGUUCGGUACAAUAUGUUGAUGAUAAUUUAAAUAAUAAUCAAAAUAAUAGCCAUAAUCAUAAUCAUCAUCAUCAUCAUCAAUAUCAACCACAACAACAUCAAAGUAAUCGUAUACGUAUUGGAUCAAUACCAAGAUCUAAUCAAAAUGCCUAUUCAAUGGCAAAUCAAAAUAUUAGCAUUAAUAAUCAACAACAACAACAACAACAUUAUCAUCCAUCAAUAAUAACAAAUAGUUCUUUAUUGCCAAAUAUUACUUAUAUGAAUUCUAUACGACGAUUAUUGCAACCAAAUAUUACGGCUACAGUAUUACCAUCAACGGUAACACAAUCACCAAUUACUACCGGUAAUCAUAUACCGGAACAAUAUGAUUCAGAAAUUCGUAAACAAUUACGUAUGCAACAACAACAACAACAACAACAACAUUCAGAGAAUCGAUAUAGCCGUACACAACCAUUACGGGUAUCGGCACAAAAUCAACGACAAUAUGUGGUACGUGUUCCUGCUCCAUUUUCGGUCAAUAUUUCCAAUCUACAAUCACCAUCACCAAAUUUAUUACCACAACAACAAUUGCCACCAAAUUUAAAUCAAUUACCACAACCAUCACAGAAUCAAUAUACACCAAUACAGAUUAUUGUACCACCAAAUGGUCAAAAUUCUAAUCAAUCGGCAUUACGAUUAUCAACAUUGAAUUCCGUUAUGAUAGCUGGUCAACAAGAUAGAGGAAUACCAUCGAGCUUGUUGAAUUCGUUUUUACAACGAACUCAAAAUCAACUUCAAUCACAAUCACAAUCACAAGUACAAACACCGCCACAACCACAACCGAUUUCAAAUCAACAACAACAACCGCAACAACAAUCGCAUCAUCCAAUAAUUAAUCAACCACAACCACCAUAUGCAGCUAAUUUGCCUCAAUUAUAUGCUUCAUUACAAUCUACACAAACGCCAUCAUCAUCACAGCCGAUGAUUGCAUCAGGUCAUCAUCAAUCAUCGAACCCAUUACCACAGCCAACUAUUAUCACGACAAAUACAAAUAACGCUCCAAUUGGACGAUCUGUUAAUGGAGUUUCCAACAAUACACUUUCAUCGUUGUUUAAUCCACCAAUCACCAACAAAGAAAGUCUUACCGAUGAAGAUAUUAAAUUGAUUGAAGAACAUAAUCGUAAAGUUCAGUAUUUCUUACAGCAAAGACAAGCAGAAUUACAAGCACAACAAGAACGAUUACGGCAACAAAAAUUAGCUGAACAAGGUGCCCAAAUGAAAGCCCAACAAGAAGCUGCCGCUCGUGCUGCUGCUGAACAAGAACGUAUUCGAAGAUUGAAAGCUGAACAAGAGGCUGCAGCUCGGGUAGCAGCCGAAAAUGAACGCAUUCGAAGAUUAAAAGCUGAACAAGAAACAGCAGCUCGUGCAGCAGCCGAACAAGAACAAUUACGACGUUUAAAAGCUGAACAGGAAGCUUCGGCUAGAGCUGCUGCUGAUCAAGAAAGAAUCGCUAGAAUUCGAGCUGAACAAGAACGUAUUCAAAGAAUUCGUGCUGAACAAGAAGCGGCAGCGCGUGCAGCUGCUGAACAAGAACGUAUUCAAAGAAUUCGAGCUGAACAGGAAGCAGCGGUUCGUGCAGCUGCUGAGCAAGAGCGUAUUCAGAGAAUUCGAGCUGAACAAGAAGCUGCAGCCCGUGCAGCUGCUGAACAAGAACGUAUUCAAAGAAUUCGAGCCGAACAACAAGCAGCAGCUGAACAGGAACAGAUACGACGCUUAAAAGCUGAACAAGAAGCGGCCGCUCGUGCAGCAGCCGAUCAUGAACGAAUUCGAAGAAUGAAAGCUGAACAGGAAGCUGUGGCACGAAUCGCAGCUGAACAAGAACGUAUUCGAAGAUUGAAAGCUGAACAAGAAGUUCUUGAACAACAACAAUUGCAAAAACAUCGUGAAGAACAAGAGAUGGCAGCACGAGCUGCUGCAGAACAGGAAAGAUUGAGACGAAUUCGUGAAGAACAAGAACGCUAUCAAAAAUUGAAAGAGCAAGAAUCGGAACAAGAACGACAACGGCAAUUGCGUGCUCAACAUGAAGCAGCAAUUCGUAUGGCUAAUGCUGAUCGUUCUUCGCGAUUGCAAAGGAUUCAAAAUGCACAAGAAUUGGCAGCUCUACGAUAUCAUCAGAAUGCACAAUUACUUGGAGCAUCUAAUUUGACUUCAAACAGUCUGUCCUAUCAAGCCGAACCAAGUUUAGCACUUGAUGAAGCUUCAUUGAAUAGCAAUAGACAAUCAACUGUUUCGCGAUCUCAAGUCGAUAAUACCGGUCUUGUUGAUGCAGCUCGUAUCCGUGCUGAAAAAGAGGCACUGGCUGAACAAGAACGUUUAUUACGAUUUCAGGCCAGUCAACAAGCGUUAGCACAGCAACAGGCAGCUGAACAGAAUCGUUUACGACGACUUCGAGAAGAAGAAUCAUUACAAGCAGAAGAAGAAAGAUUAGCACGUGAAGCACAAGAACAACAAAUUCUUCGUGCACGUAAUGAACAAAGUCGAUUGAUUAAUGCUGCUAGAGAGGCAGCAAUUCGUGAUCCAGCAACAAUGUCUUAUACACCUUACACUGAAGAUUUGCAUAAAUAUCAAACGUCCAAUGUAUCAAAUUCGCAACAAUAUGGUAGCCUUAACAAUGUUCGAUCACCGGAACCAGCUGUAUCUCGUCAAACUGCAUCAUCACAAGCAAAUCCGGUUAAUAUUCGAAGUAUCAGUGCAGAUUACACUGAUAGACGAUCACUUUCUAAUUCUAAUCAAAUUGAUUCUUCAUUACCAUUAACAUCAAAAAAUGAAUCACAUUUUAAACCGGCUAAAAUAAGUUUACAAGAAUUACCACCGGAUCUAGAUAGAGAUGGUAUUCCAGGUGUUGCUGGUCGAGAUUAUCCAACAUUAACUGAGAUACCAAAAACAUCAUUUUCAUGUGCCAGACAACCAUUGAAUGGUUAUUAUGCUGAUACAGAAACGGCAUGUCAAGUUGUACACAUGUGUCAAAUGGGUGGUGUACAGGAUUCAUUCAUAUGUCCAAAUGGUACAAUUUGGAAUCAGGAAAAAUUUGCAUGUCAAUGGUGGUACGAGGUGAAUUGUGCGACAGCUCCAACUUUUUAUGCUCUUAAUAAUAAUUUAUAUAAAGGUAAAAAUGAUGGAAAAAAUGAGCAGAGCUCAUUUAAUUCCGCAUCUUCAUCAUCACCAACUUCAUCAUUAUCCCGACAGCUUUAAAUUAAAUGCAAUUAUGAAUAAUUAAAUAAUUUUUUUUUUUACUUGUAAACUCAAACAUUCAAACAAACAUACAUAAUUCAUACACACAUAAACAAAAUUGUUUACUUCAAU